AUGGCGACUGCUGAUCUCAGGAAGAAGAAGAAAGUUUUUGUGGAACCACCAGAAGAUUUUGAUGAAGUAGCACCAAGGCCAGCAAACAGAAUCCUAAGGGAUUAUGCUAGACCUGACCGCUUCAACUAUGAAUCUAGUGUCAGAAAACCUCUAGUGGCAGCCAACAACUUUGAAAUCAGGACUGGCCUGAUUCAAACAAUUCAACAGUCUUGCAUCUUCACUGGAGACGCAAGUGAAGAUCCACACAGUCAUUUAAUUGACUUUUUGGAACUUGUUAAAAUAACUAAGUAUAAUAGAGUACCUCCUGAAGCUAUCAAGUUACGGCUAUUUCCUUUCUCUUUAAAAGGAGAUGCCAAGACUUGGUUGCAAAGUUUGCCACAAGGAGGUUCUGUAAUGGGAAAAACCACGGAGGAAGCAUUGCAAUUGUUGAACGAGAUUUCUGAGAAUGCCAUCCAAUGGCCAUCUGAGCGUGUAAUCAUCAAGAAGGUUGUUACGGUUAAUCAGGUUGAUGCUUUAAAUACACUAACACAGCAAACUGUUUCUUUGGCACAAAAGUUUGAAACUUUUCAGGUGAAUACACAACAACCAAGUCAAUCUGAGGCUUGUGACAUGUGUUGA